ACCCAUGACAUGGGGAGUAAAAUUUCCUUCAGCAGAAGAAGGAGUGACCAGUAUACAGUCUCUGAAUUAACCACUGUGACAUCGCACCCUUGUAGUUCCUUUCAUGCACCUACAGACUGCAAAGAGGCACCUAGAGAUACAGAAUGCAGUGAGGAGAGCCAGGAUUCUAAAUGGGGGGAGGAAAUGAAAGUGAAAAAUCUAUCUGAACCUUUAUCUGCAUCCCAUUCAUCAGAGACUCUGAAAUCCGAAGGACCUGUUGAUACUAACUUGCAACCAAAUGCCACGUCACAGUUAGCGAUGGAUGCAAAGGCUGAAAUGGCACCUGCAAGUGUGUGUCACUUGACAGCAACCAAUAAUGGAUUACCUUUGGCCGGUCGAAGGAAAGGUGGUCGUCCUAGAAAAAUAAAACCCUCAACGCUUGAGGAUAAAGUGUGUACUACUACUAACGACCCUGUGGCAGAUGAACAUGGAGAGAUCGGCACUGCAAUGGAAGUGCCAACUUGCUCAGAAAGCCACACUGCUGAGGCUGUACCCAACAACGUCAAAAGUCUCUUAAAUGAGUUGCCUCACAAUGAGACCGCUGGAACUUGUCCAGUCCCUGAUUGCAGAGCAGAGGAUGAUGUCCCUUUGGGGUGUAAAAGAACACGAGCAAGACCAACGAAAAGGGAGAUUGCAGUUAUUAAAAAUGUUGUUUCCGAGGCUCUUUUUGUUAAUGAGCCUGGAAGUCCGACACAAAAACUGAGAAGUAAAAAAAAAAAACAUUUCUUAGCACUAGAGGAAAACAGCUGCUCUGAUGUUAUGGUUUCCCCAAAAGAAAUGGAGGUGUCUCCUACUCCUGAAAGUAGCGCAAGACUUGACGUUAUUGAAAAAUCUAACUUGCAAAUUGAUUACCAAAUCCCUGCUAAAGUUUUCAAACCAGAUGUUUCUCUGGAGGCUGUGGUUGUGGCAAGUGGUGACACAGGUUCUGCCGAUGUAGCAGAGAUUGGAAAACUGCAAGGUGGGGAUGGAGAGCACCUGCAAACUGUUCCAGACAAAAACUCAAGACAACUGUCCCCGAGGCCUGUAGAAUGUGAUACAGACAAGCAGGUGGAAAGGGAUGGGGAGCAUAUACAGGUGAACAGUGGUGGAAACGGAGUUGACCUGUCACCUCGGUCUGUAGAAGGAGGGACAGUGGCGCAAAGGCACAGUGACCAUCAGCAGGCUCUUUCAGAUAGUUGCCUGUCGCCACAGUCUGUAGAACUGCAGCAACCAAAAGGAGCUGAAGGUCUCUUGCCUCAGAUUUCCAAGCAAGCAGAUCAACAAAGUGGCAAUGAUGUGCCGGCGUCUUCUGAAGAAGCACCUGAACCGGUUGAGAUCCCCUCUGUUGUCAAAGUGGAAAACGAAGAGGAACCGUUGGAUCAUUUAGAUCCCUUGUCCAAGUCAAAUAAUCCUAGCUGUUCUCAACAGAUUGCAAAAAUGACCAGCAGUUCUGAAGGUCAGUACAUUGAACAAAGCGUUUUAAGGCGAAGAAAAGGCCGCAUGAGAAGAAGGAGAAUAACUAUUUUGUUACGUCAAGAAGAUAAAGUUGAAACUCAACAUGAAACAGACUGUGGUGAUACAAAUACAGAGGCUGAUAAAAACAUAAGCUACACCCAAAAAGGGUCUAAAACCCUGUUGAAAUGUGGUGUCUGUAGCCGCACAUAUAAAUUUAUGUCUCAGUAUGUCAUACAUCAACGCGUUCAUACAGGAGAGCGACCCUUUGAAUGCCCUGAAUGCAAAAGAGGUUUCAGCAAGAAAUCAAACUUAAAUCUACAUCUUAGGACGCACGUGAAGAAUACCUUAAAUAAAGAAUGUACAUUUUGCAAAGUUACAUUCUCAGAUGACAAGUAUUAUAGUCACAUGAAGAUGCACACUAAAGUGCAGGAACGAGAAGCUGUCAUGUUAAAUGCGGAGGACAGCCCUGUAGAAACUCUUCAGAGAGCUUUGGCCCCUGAAAAGAGUGAAAGCAAAGUGUGCCAGUACUGUGGGAAGUCAUUCAAAUUUCAGUCUGCCCUCAUAAGACACGAACGUGUCCACACUGGGGAGAAGCCUUACAAAUGUGCUAUUUGUGGCAAAGCCUUUGGCCAGUCAUAUUUCCUCCGUGUGCAUGAGCUGACACAUUGGUCGGUAAAGCGUUACAACUGCACAGGCUGUAAAAAGUCCUUCAGUCAUUAUAGCAAUGCAAAAAACCAUACAUGCCGACCUCCAGGAAGCAACUCCCAGAUGCAGCCCAGCGAUCAGGUAGCAAAGGCUUCAUUGACCUACUCGUGCCACAUCUGUAAAAAUGUUUUGGAGAGCCUGCAAAAGUUCAACAAGCACAUGAGAGAUCACAUAGGUACAAAGCUAUAUCGCUGUUUGUAUUGUGAUAAACUGUUUGGUCUGCUAUCCGAGUUUCAUGCCCAUUGUAGCAUGUGCCAAGGAGAAAAAAAUGGCUCCUGUUUUGCGGUCAAGGAGGAAGAGAGAAUGUCAGUGGUAGAGUACACAGUCUCUGCGCAUAGGUUUUCAUCAGAACAGAAAUCAGACUCCUCUCCCAUAAAUGGCAAUUGUGAAACUUACAAAAGGCCACCAUCCCAGAUCAACUGCAAGAACUCUCACUUGGUGAAACCCUUCCAGCCGACAGUCACACCGACACGUCUUCGCUCUCAUUUUGUGUCCAAAUUGAACAAACUCGACAACAGAUCGGACCCCAGGAGCUAUUUAUGCCCCAGUUGUGGUCGUCUGUUCAGACACAUAGGCAGACUUCGAGCCCACAUGCUCACUCACGCUCCACAUCAGCGUUACACAUGCUCCUGUUGUGGGAAAAUGCUUCAAAACUGGACCAAACUGUGGCGUCAUCAAAGAGUCCACCGACAACGUCGAGGUCGUUUCACGUGUACAAUAUGCGGGAAAGGAUUCCGUUUUGUCGAGUCGUACAAAAAACAUAUGAGCGAGCACCCGUACUUCCGCUGGAUUCAGUACAAGCCUAAGACGGUGUUCCUGCCUUAUAAUUGUGAUCAGUGCACAAGUCGUUUUAAAACUCUUGAUUUGUUGUUCAGUCACCAAAUUUGCCAUUUCUCAGCACAGGUCACACGCCAAGACUCAGUUUUUGAUCUGUCCAUGGAUGAUCAUUCACCACAGUCGAAUAGCAUGUUAAAUCCUACUCCAAAGCACCAAUCAGCAACAUUGUGUCAUGAACUGGGAAACAAUGCCCUUGUGCCAUCAGUCCCAAAAGGCAAUGCUCUUUUGGGCCCCACAAAUCAAGUCUUGCAUCCAAGGGACUCCCCUAUCCUGACUUUGAAUUUAUCUGACCAAAAGCAGGAUUUUGGUUUGAAUAAGACUGCCCAAAGUCCCAGAAACACACAUCGUAUGCAAAACAAAGCCCUCAGUUGCCACAGAAAAGAUGGAAAUGUGAUGAAAAAGCAAAAAGCAUCUUUGAGAACUGCAAACAGAUAUUCAUCCCCAAACAAAGGGGCCUCACAGAGCCUUAUCUGUGCUAUGUGUGGUAAUGAAUAUACUGCUGUUUCAGAUCUUUAUCAUCAUUAUUUACAGCACGCACAAUGUCAAGUGUAAUAAUAGCCUCAAUGUAUACGAUGCAACAGUGUACAGUACAUACCCACUCCACAUCAUACUCUACAACUAGAAAUCAUUUUUGCAUUACAGUACAUAGGAUGUAUAUAUUUUGUUUUGAUGUUCAAAGAUAAUGCACCCACGAGUGCAACCAUUUUUAGUAGUAAUUGUCAAAUUAAUCCAUUAAAAAUUAACUAACUUUUUUCACCUCAUACUGGAUUGUGUUUUUUUAUUAAUUUUUCAUGUGCAUCUUUGAAUUUAUUUUGAAGCAUAUAGCAGAUGUUGUGUUGAAAAUGUAAAUCUAAUCAGGCAUACAGACUAUUGUGUGAUGUUGGAAAUCAGUCGAUCCGACAUUUCCCAGGAAAACACUGACAAAUGAAUAAUGAACGUCUUGCGCUCUAAAAUAUAUGAUUUCAUUAAUUGUUGACGGUCUAUCUUGAGUAAAAUGCAGCCCUAUGGGGCACAAGCCAGUGCAAACUGUAGGCCGGUCCCAAGCCCGGAUAAAUGCAGAGGGUUGCGUCAGGAAGGGCAUCCGGCUUAAAACCUUGCUAAACAAAUAUGAGCGUUCAUCCAAAGAAUUCCAUACCGGAGCGGCCGUGGCCGGGUUAACAACGUCCGCCACCGGCGUCGUCAACCUGCAGGGCGCCAGUGGAAAUUCAGCUACUGUGGGUCGAAGUCUUUAGUUGGAAGACAUGGUGCUGCGAAUCCAGGAGUUGUAGUUGCAGACCUUGGCGUAGACACCAGGCUUGUUCCUCUGGGCGCAACCGUAACCCCAGGACACGACACCCUGAACCUGGCCAUUACACACCACAGGGCUACCAGAGUCUCCCUGCACAAGUACAAAAUACAUACACCGUGAGCACAAAAGGUUUUGGUUUGUUCGCUUGAAGACUCUUUUUACUCGAACCUGGCAGGAGUCUUUUCCUCUAGGAAUCCAGCACAGAACAUGUUUGAGGUAAUCUGUCCGGGGUAGGAAUUCCUGCAGCUGCUGUCGCUACGAAUUGGGGCAUCCAGGCACCUCAGACGAUCAGGGUAGUUGUCUGAAGAGGAGAAAAGAAAAUAGAUCAGACUGCAGGUGCCAGAGCCGGCACAGCCGGAGGGCAGGGAGACAGUGCGCACGUAGAUGUUGAGGGUGGCAGGCUUGCUCAGCUUGAUGAGCAUGAUGUCGGUGUCCAGGUUACGGCUGCUGUAUCUGGGAUGUCUGAUGACCUUGGCAGAGUUGAUGGAACUGCUCCGUGCCCUCAUUGACGGCGAUGUGCUCACCAAGACGCACCUGGAUGCGACUGCACGGAAACACACCACGGUUGGAUGACAUGGUGCUACGAAUCCAGGAGUUGUAGUUGCAGACCUUGGCGUAGACACCAGGCUUGUUCCUCUGGGCGCAACCGUAACCCCAGGACACGACACCUUGAAGCUGGCCGUUACACACCACGGGACCACCAGAGUCUCCCUGCAGGAGUCUUUGCCUCCCUCCAGGAAUCCAGCACAGAACAUGUUGGAGGUGAUCUGUCCAGGGUAGGAGUUCCUGCAGCUGCUGUCGCUCAGGAUGGGAGCAUCCAGGCACCUCAGACGAUCAGGGUAGUUGUCUGAAGAGGAGUAAAGAACUCAUGUUGCGGCUGCUGUAUCUGGGAUGUCUGAUGACCUUGGCAGAGUUGAUGAACUGCUCCGUGCCCUCAUUGACGGCGAUGUUGUGCUCACCAAGACGCACCUGGAUGCGACUGCACGGAAACACACCACGGUUAUGUCAACUUGAAAGGUUUUGAGAAGUAUUAGGAUGUCAGCAAACAUGUUCGCUCACGACUUGUAGCAGUGAGCGGCAGACACCACCCAGGUGCUGGAGAUCAGGGAACCUCCACAGAAGUGGUAGCCAGCGUUUAGAGAGACCUGGUAGGCCACAGAGUUCUUUCUGCACUCAUAUCCUCCAACAAUCUUGUCGUCCUCAUCGUCAAUGGGAGCAGCAACUGCAAUGCAUGCAUAACAUUUGUAUCAAACGCAAAAACCAAAAAUGUUCUGUUUUAUUGCCCACAGGAGAGCAGCGAAUACUCACAAGCUGCAGCACACAAGGCUAGGACAAUGAAGUACUUCAUGACUGUUCUGAAGCCAGUGGACCGACACAGUGGAGGAUUGCGUCGGAGGGGAUCCUCAUUUCAGGCUGGGAUGAUGCAUCUUUGUCAAAACAGCUGGGCGGUCAGAUGAACUCAACACUGGCCCAUUUAAGUACGUUUUAUUAACAUAGCGGAUUUACAAAUAUAGGAUCUGGGACCUGGACAUUCAAAUUAGAUUGAUUUUCAAGCAGGCACGCGGCGUUUUGAUCGACGUAUGUUGUGUGCUUUAUCAUUGGUUAUAUACGUGAUGUAUUUGCAUAGGUUAGAGGAACCAAUUUUCAGGUUAUAAUACCGCACUAGUUUUAUAAAGAUGGGAGGAACUCUAGUCUCGCCCUGUUCCAUCUUUUAUUACAGCUAUCAAAAUGUGGCUUGAUUGGCCUGAAUAGUGUAAUAUACAGUGCUUGAAGUGGAAUCGAUCUCUUUAUAUUUUCAUUUAACCUUUAUUUAGCCAGAAAAAAACAAACCGAGAUAAAAAAGAUCUCCUCAAAGAGUGUCCUGGUCAGGACAGGCAACAAACACACGAAACAGGUUUGACAGGACAAACUAAAAACAUCCAGACAAAACAAUCUCAUAACACAACAAUCCUAGAUGAUCGAUACAGUGUAGCAGUGGCUUGAAUUUACUCUCUGCUGUCUAUUUUGGUUGCACACUACUACUGGCGGGCUACAUAUUUGGGAACUGGCCCUUUAGUGGGGCCUUAAACCACCUCUUAAAACACAUUCACUGCCAUUGACGGCUUUAGAAGUCAAAUAUCCAUGUUAACUGGCAAACUAUCACAUCGCUAUUGUAGAAACCAAUACUGCACAAAAAUGCAAUGUAACAGCACACAACUGUGCCAUGUACAUUAUUUGGAGCGGUUUAGAAUCAAUAUUAUCUAAUGACAUGACAAAAACAUACAGCAUUUAAAUACAGCAUACUCACCAGGAAUGCGGAUUAUUAAAUUGUGCAGAUUACCACAACCGUGUCUCAGUCGUCGAAAUUUGCUUGCUCCGAACAAACCAACCAAUCAGAGGAAGGAAAAAUGCCCUUUGAGGACUUAAAAUCUGAUUGGUCAAAGAUAUGCUGAUAUAGUUGAUGUUACAUUGGCCGGGACUACUGAUUCUGAGUGCAGCCAGGAGAAACACUAUGAAAUGAGGAGUAAUAGAAUUUAGGUUGUAAAUGUAGGUCACUGCUUCUGAUAGUGUUUAGGCCAGUCGAGAAAGCUUUCCUGACCCUGACCGUCUACCACUACAGUGUAGUGACUUUAUAAUGUCUUAGACGGUAUCUGCGGAGAUACCUUGAUCCGGUGUUAAUGGGGCCGCACUCGUCAGCACCAGAAUUGGCCCCCCAGUCAGUUCUACGCUGAAAGCGGCCCCCGACCCAUGACGGAGUACUGCGAGGACGGGGGGCUGCUGUAUGAGCAAUCACCUCCCAUGCACAUCAAAGUGGAGUCUCCCGAGGGACACUCUGCAGGGGGGGCUUCCGACAACGGCUUCCCCAGGGAUGACGAUGACUCGGACGGCAGCUGUGACCAGAGCAGUGGACCGCGCGGGGGGCUGCCCUUCAACGUGGUAGUGGUGCACCCUAAACUCAUGGCGCCCGGCAUGUCCUCAGACGACCUCUUGUCCAUGGAACAAAACGGAGCUAUGUCAGCUGCACUUGCAGCCAAUGGCGCGGGCAAAAGAAAAAGUCGCUUCAGCGGCGCGGAACUUGAGGUGUUGGUGUCCGAGGUGACGCGGUGUGAAGGAGAGCUGUUCGGCCCGGCGGGGAGGCUCCGACGGCGCGAGAGGGAACGCAUAUGGGCAGGAAUCCUCGAGAGGGUCAAUGCCGUGUCUAGAGUCCCACGUACGCUUCGGGAGGUCAAAAAGCGCUGGGAUGACCUGAAGAGACGCAAUGGCGGCCGCCUGGCGGACGCCCGCCACCGUAGCUGGUCUCUGCCACCCGGCAGAUCGUCGACGCUCGGACAGUCCUCCCAGUCCAGCCCCAGGCUUCAACAUGGCAGGCAAAAGCAAAGCUCCAGACCAAAGCCCACUUUCACGUGCUUCCCCGAGUCGGACACUGGUUUUGGAGGGGAGGGGUCCGAAAAAGAUGCUUUGGACAAGGAUGACGACAAUCCAGAGCACGAGAGAGAUAUCGGGGAUCCUGACUGUGAAGACGAAGAAAACAGCAUGGAAGACAAACUAGGCCUUGGAUUAGGUCUGGGCAUCGGCGCGCCUCCAACCUCAGAACGAUGGCUUCCUCCCUCCCCGCUGUACAGCGCCCCUUUCUUAAACGGCAGCCCGGAGCCCAGCAGUCCUCAGCCGUCGCUCGGAGCGCAACAGGGUCCUCUCGAAGCCCCGCCACGCGGCUCCUGGCUCGAAGACGAGCUGCGAGGGGUCGGAGAGGCGGCAAUUCAGCUUGGAAAUCGGGUGGACAAGAGUCUGCGGGAAUUCGCCGACUGUUUCAGGCAGGACAUGAGAACGCUCGUCGCAUCGCAAGAGGCCUUGGCGCUCAGUCUCCAGCAAAACAACGUCCUCCUGCAGAGGCUUUUGGGAGUGCUGGAGGCGCAGCAGCAGCAGCAACGCGCGCCACAAACGAACCACUCGCAGACAUCGCAGCAACAGCAACAUAUUGAACAACAUUUACAGCAGCAGAUUGAAGACCCACGGCACACAGUGCAAGAGCAACACAAACUACAUCAGCUCCAGCUCACGCAGCAUUCAAACUGCCCCUCCGCUGGAGUCACGCUUCCUUCGUCGUCGCCGCCUGACCUACAAACCACUUUUCCCUCGCAUCCGCCCGCUGGCGUGAAUGGGUGCGUGCAAAAGCCGCGACGAGGAAGAGCUCUCGAUCACAGACGCAGGAGACGGCGCUGAAAACAGAAAGGACCGGCUGGCAGUUAAAAGCACACACUAGUUUGCAUACUUGCUCAAUAAGGGUGUGAAGGUGUGUCUUGUUGUUUUUUUUCUAUUGCUAUUUGGGGUUCAGCUUCAGAAAUACCCAUUGCACUUAAAAGUUGUCCUUAGAACUAUUAGAUGUGAGCCUAUAGGGUGGCCUUAAAUUUUAAAUGUACAUAUUUUUGUGCUAUAAGCCCUCCUAACAAAUUGUGUUGAGAAGCAACUCGACCCCUUUAGACACAUUCUUCCCAGUCCAGAAUUUAGUGGAGGUGUUUACAUUCAUGCUUUUCAAUAGAGCUUGUACUGUAAAAAAAAAAAAAAAACAUUGUCAUGUAAUGAAACUAUAACUUUUGGGGAGUAGUAUGGUAACUGGAAAGU